AUGAAGUUGAGAGAAAGGAAAAAACAAGUACAUUAUGAUGAAAAUCAGGACCCAGAUUUCUCGAAUUCCUCAGAUUAUCCAGAGCCUAAGAGGGUAAAAAGACAAUCCCAGGAGGAACAAGAUCUAGAAGAACAAUCCGAAGAUGCAGAGGAAGAAAGGUCCGCGGAUAAAAUUGAGGAUGAACCAGCUUUGAAACAGAAGUCAUUCCUUGAUUCACCUAAAGAAACAACCAAAAACGGUACCAUUGAUCCAAAGAGCCAAACAGAAUCUGCUAGUAAUUCGAACGACACAAAUUAUGAUUUGUUAACACAAACUGAAACUACAACCACUGAUAACUAUGAUGAUAGCAAAAAGUCCGUGUCUUUGCUAGCACCGCGGAUUGAAAUCGUGUUGGGAAAAGACAUUAUAAGUAACGAAGAGAGGAUAAACGAUGCACUAGAAAUGAGUGCUAAAGAGACCAUUCGAAAUGAUGGGGAUAAAUGGAUUUUAUGUGGCAUCGAUUUACAGGAAGCACUAACAAAAUGGAAACAAGAAAAGAUUCGACCGCGCACUGAUCUGGCAUUCUAUGAUAUCGUAGAUAUCACACCAGGUUCGAAUAGUGAUUUUCUACGAUCACUACCUGACAAUGCAGUACAUGAAAUAAAACAGUUAAUACCGUCACCAACACCUAAUACGAACAACGAAAUGAAAGAUUACAUUAUUGAAUUUAUUAAGACAAAAGAAUUCCGUAAUUUUGUGGAUGAGAGCUACUUGAAAACGCGAGUCAAUAAUACUACAAAAUUUAUAUGGGAUUACUUGAAUAUUCUUGUUGAAUCAUUUGAAAGGGAUAACGAUUUAACGAAUUAUAAUCUGUCCGAAUUCGGUGGCGAAAAAUGUCUAUUCGCUUCAUUAGAAGAUCGUAAUCGGGGAAAAGAUGAUGGCGAAAACCGUAAUGCAGGCCGAAAAAUAGACAUCAUCUGGUCUAUGAAGCCAACUGACCUUGAGUUCUCUAUUAGUGAAAUCAGUGGGCCACCGAACAAACUUGAUCAUUCACAUUUUUUUAAUGACAAAAUAAAACUUGCCAAGAAUUUAAAGGUCAUCAUUAAUAGGAUCGUGAAAAAGUAUGGUGGUACAGGAAUGAACUUGAGUUUAUUAAAAUUGUACGAUAAUGAAAUGAUCGUUUAUGAAAUGUCAAUACCAUUUCGUGGACUGUAUGUUUUUUGUGAGGUUUUACGAUCAAAAUUACCAACGAAUGCUGUUGAAGUGGGGUUAAUAAAACUUUCUGUAUCAGCAUUUAUCAAAUUUAAGGAAUUACUUGAAAAAAGUUUGACUGAUCUGAAAAGUUAUAUUCGGGAUGCAUGUACCCGUACACCCGAUAAUAAUGAAAAUGCACACCUGUUCAUUACACUAACUGAUUUGACGCCCGAAAAAAAGAAAGUACAACCAGUAGAUGGGAAAAAAAGAAAUAUGCAUCAAAAUAAUGAUGAUCGUGAAAUGAUUAUAUAUUCGCUCCUUUCAACUACAAAUGCAAUCACGAUUCGUGAAAAUUCUGUUCUCCACGAAGCAUCGUCCGAUAUUUCUUCUAAUAUAUGUGCACCCCCAUCCAAGUCUAAAUCGUUAGAAGAUAUAGAGACUGAUAAUUUCCUGGAUACGCAGAGUAAGAAAGAGGUUAGUAAUAUGAUGAUAAAGAAGAAUAGGGAAAAGAAACUAUUACGGAGUAAUGAAGCUCCCGCUUCUCAAACUCAAGAGUCACAUAAUACUUUGCCAAUUUCUGAUGAAGAUAAUUCAUCCGAAGUCUUAUUGCAAAGCAAUGUCAUUAAC